UCUUCUUCUGGCUUUAAGUUUUUUUUGUACGCAGAUAAGGCUUCGGAAUUGAGAAGCGAGCUUGACUUUGUUAAAAGAUAUCGUGAUGGAAACAUCAUUCUAUCAGAUGACAACAUGCAAAAGAAAGAUGAUUUGUUGAAAUAUCUAAAAGGUCAAGGUUUCAAAGACAAUACGGAGUAUCUAGCAUCCCUGAAACUUGUAUCCUUAACGAUAGAGAGUGAGAAAGCCCUUCAAACAGAUUUGGAAAGGGUCAAAGAGGAGUUUACAAAGGUGGUAAAAAAACCUGCAGCAACAGUAUGGUUGGAAGAUCUAGAAGUUCUUGAAAAUGAACUACUUAAGGAUAAAUAUUUUCAGCUUACCGCCUGAUGACAAUAAAGACGUGCCAACCCUUGACCCAUCAAAUUUAACACUUAGCGGCAUUGACAGGGUUUAAGCUCUUGUGUGGUUUUCGAAAGCUUAGAUCAACAAGGCAAAGAAGUUAAACCUGGAAGGUGUUCUCCAGUAAUACCCAUGGUCCUUGUUAAUGUUUGUGAAGGAAUUGGAGUUGGGUGGUAUACCAUUGUCCCCAAUUACCCCCCGAUACACAUCAUCAAGAACAUAAUACAUUUAAUUGAUUCCAAAGGGAAUGUAGACAAAUUGCCAGUGGAAAUGCGCCCGUGGUAUAAAGGUUUUCAUGGAAGGAUAGAGGGUAGCCAGUCCAGCGAUGGCGACUACACCUCUUACGGGUGCAUACAAGAAAGCAACGGGAUGUUAAAGAUUACGGAGUUACCAAUCCGUAAGUGGACAGACAAGUAUUUGAAAUUUCUUAAUUCAGUCGCCGAACACAAUGCAGACGCCAAAGAUCCUUUCAUUAAGGGUUACAAAAAAUACGGAGAUGAUACGAGUCCAAUAGACAUCCGUGUCAAGCUGUCGGGUAAACAACUUAGGGAAGCCAAGCAAGAGGGUUUGAAAAAAAAGUUCAAACUUGAAAAGAAACUAAAGACUUCAAACAUGGUCUUGUUUCAAAAAGACGACUGCCUGAAGCUCUAUCGUACCCCACAACAGAUCUAACUGUUCGUGAAAAGUUGCGAGUGGCAGGUGGGUUGGAGACUUUCGAGUUUCCAGUUCAUUUUUUUAGAUGAAUUAUGUUGCUGAGGUGUAGUGGGAGGCACUGAGUCUGAGGGGGAAGGUGCUUAAUCGGUUAAGUCGGCUGUUGCUUUUGCACUGCUGCUCCAAGGCCAUGGCUAUUUGUAGGUUUGGGCAAUCCCGGCGAUAAGUACGAAGGAACUAGGCAGGCACAAUGCGGGGUUUUAGAUGAUUGAUGCUUUUGCUGGUGCAUUGCAAUGAACACGGUCCAAUGCAAAGCUAUACUUGGGCAAGG